AUGGGUUUAAAGUGUCUCAAAGUAAAGAAGAUCAGCCUGUGCGGCUCCGGCGCUCUUUCUGAAGGGUUCUCCAUUGUUCAUGCUGCUGGUAUCAAGAGUGCUGAUUCUUUUCCUCUACUUUCACACUACUUUAAAUAUAAUCUCAAAAACUACAAAAUGGCAGGAAACAUGACUUCUUCCACUAUCUGGUGCGUAUGUUUCGUAGCGAUUUUGUUAUCACUAAUCGAAGUAAGUCAAGCUAAUUACAAAAAUGCCCCAAUGAACGGAAUCAUGUUUGGAAAAAGAGGACCUUCUGAUUACGAUGCACGCAGCAAAGCCUUUACCGCAAUGUGUGAAAUUGCAACGGAAGCUUGUCAGGCCUGGUUUCCUUCACAAGAAAACAAGUAG